AUGAAAGAACAUAUGAUGACUCAUACCGGUGAGAAGCCGUACAGUUGUCCGAUAUGCAAAAAAAAUUUUAUUCAGCCUGUACAUAUGAAAGAACAUAUGAUGACUCAUACCGGUGAGAAGCCGUACAGUUGUCCGAUAUGCGGAAAAUGUUCCUCACGAAAACAGGAUUUGCAGACUCACAUGGUAGCGCAAACGGAUCAAACAGAAUCGUUGGAUUUAUCAAUAUCGAAAAUAAAAAAGGAAGGGAGCGAAUCCCAAGGAUUAUCAGUGGAGACAGAAAGUGAUGGACGAAUAAAACUGCUUGAACAGCUCCUUCCAAUCGAAACAAUGAUGGAAGUAAUGGAAUUAUCAAAGCAAAAAGAAAGCACAAGAAAGAAACAACGCUGUAAUGUAUGUCAGAAGGAAGUGUUCGGGAAUAUGAAAAUGCAUAUGUUGACACAUACCGGUGAGAAGCCCUACAGUUGUUCGAUGUGCAAAAAGAAUUUCACUCAGUUCGGUAAUAUGAAAAUGCAUAAGUUGACACAUACCGGUGAGAAGCCGUACAGUUGUCCGAUAUGCGGAAAAUGUUCCUCACGAAAACAGGAUUUGCAGACUCACAUGGUAGCGCAAACGGAUCAAACAGAAUCGUUGGAUUUAUCAAUAUCGAAAAUAAAAAAGGAAGGGAGCGAAUCCCAAGGAUUAUCAGUGGAGACAGAAAGUGAUGGACGAAUAAAACUGCUUGAACGGCUCCUUCCAAUCGAAACAAUGAUGGAAGUAAUGGAAUUAUCAAAGCAAAAAGAAAGCACAAGAAAGAAACAACGCUGUAAUGUAUGUCAGAAGGAAAUGAUAAAAGACCAUAUGAUGACUCAUACCUGUAAGAAGCCGUACAGUUGUUCGAUAUGCAAAAGGGAUUUCGCUGAGUUCGGGAAUAUGAAAAAACAUAUGAUGAUUCAUACCGGUGAGAAACCGUACAGUUGUUCGAUAUGUAAAAAAAAUUUCACUCAGUUCGGGAAUAUGAAAAGACAUAUGAUGACACAUACUAGCGAGAAGUCGUAUAGUUGUUCGAUAUGCAAAGAGAAUUUCACUCAGUAUGGGGAUAUGAAAAUGCAUAUGUUGAUUCAUACCGGUAAGAAGCCAUACAGUUGUUCGAUAUGCAAAAGGAAUUUUACUCAGUUCUGGAAUAUAAAAACUCAUAUGUUGACACAUACCGGUGAGAAGCCGUACAGUUGUUCGACUCACAUUGCGACUCAUGACAUGAAUAGACCUAUGUACCGUUGUACGGUAUGCAGUAAGGGUUUCAGAAGUAAACUCGGCUUGAAAUUGCACAUGCAGAACCAUUAA